UACUAUUUUCCUUUAAUUUAUGAUGAUGUAAAUAUCCUUAUGUAUUUCUUUUAAAACAUUUUUAUUUAUAGUUUUCAUUUUUUUUUUCUUUAUACUGUGACUAGAUUUUGCAUUGCCCAUCAAUAAUAAAAAAAGUAACGUCAAAAAAACUUCUACGUUCUUAUUUUACAGUCUGAUUCAACCUCCAAUCGAGUCAUUUUCACAUUCAUUCAUUCGGUCGGUCAUUUAAAAGAGCCGGUUCAAAUGACUCGUUUAUGCAUCGGAGAGCACUAGCGAGAUCUCGCUUAUAACUACGCACGUAGAAGACAACACAGCCACAACAGAUGUAGCCUACUAUAUAUUGCAUUUAUUUGUUAGCAAACGGCUAUUUUUAUUUGUCGUACGUCUAAUAAGAGCUGUAAUGUUGUUUCUCGUUCAUGUGCAUCAGGAGAUCAGCUGAGUUGUUGCUCCUCCCCUCACAAAAGUGAAUCUCACUGGAGUUCAAGAACACGGAACACAGCGCAGCAGAAAUGGCCAUGCUCAAAAUAGACCCGCAAACCGACGUAAACGAUGCUGAAGACGACGACUUCGUGUGUCCCGUGUGUUUGGAGAUAUUCGUCCGGCCCAUGACCACGCAGUGCGGACAUACGUUCUGUAACGACUGCCUUCAGGAGUGUCUGCGGCCCCAAAGCCCAGUGUGUGCCGUCUGCAGGACUGAUCUGCGCAAGUGGGCUAAAGAUGACCAUUUACAAGACCUUAUGAAGAGAUCAAUCGGAAAGUGCAAAGGCUGUAAAAAUGAGGUUCUUAUUUCUGACAUGAGAAGCCACACAGGAAAUUGCUUCAAAUAUCAAAACUACAUCCAGGAGGGUAUGAAGUCCAUUUCAAAAGACCAGCCCUCCAUUGUCAGUUCAGUGCCGAACCGCUCCACGUUCACCUGCCCCUACUGUAAGAAGCAGAACUUUGACCAGGACGGGUUGGUUGAGCACUGCACCUCAAAACAUUCUCGUGAAGCCCAGCCCGUGGUGUGUCCGAUAUGUGCCUCAAUGCCGUGGGGUGAUCCCAAUUACAAGAGUGCAGACUUCUUUCAACACCUCAGAAUACGACAUGCUUUUUCAUACGAUACGUUUGUGGAUUACACCACAGAUGAGCAAGCCAUGAUCCAGGAAGCCUUACAGCGCUCUCUGGUGGAAAACUGACGUGAGGGACACACACACUUGUACAACACCAACCAAAAAAA